ACGUCAUUCCGUUUCCGGCGUCUCGCGCAGUUCCGCCAUGGCCUCCGAGGAAGCGAGCGAUAGUCCUCGUAGUUCUCGGCGGGAGUCGGAGGGGCGCGCCCGGGGACAGGACAAGUAUUCAGUGCUUUUGCCCACCUACAACGAGCGCGAGAACCUACCGCUCAUCGUAUGGCUGCUGGUGAAAAGCUUCUCCGAGAGUGGAAUCAAUUACGAAAUUAUAAUCAUAGAUGAUGGAAGCCCAGAUGGAACAAGGGACAUUGCUGAACAGUUGGAGAAGAUCUAUGGGUCAGACAAGAUUCUUCUAAGACCACGGGAGAAAAAGUUAGGCCUGGGAACUGCAUAUAUUCAUGGAAUGAAACAUGCCACAGGAAACUACAUCAUUAUUAUGGAUGCUGAUCUCUCACACCAUCCAAAAUUUAUUCCUGAAUUCAUUAGGAAGCAGAAGGAGGGUAAUUUUGACAUUGUCUCUGGAACUCGCUACAAAGGAAAUGGAGGUGUAUAUGGCUGGGAUUUGAAAAGAAAAAUAAUCAGCCGCGGGGCCAAUUUUAUAACUCAGAUUUUGCUCAGACCAGGAGCAUCGGAUUUAACAGGAAGUUUCAGGUUAUACCGAAAAGAAGUUCUACAGAAAUUAAUAGAAAAAUGUGUUUCUAAAGGCUAUGUGUUCCAGAUGGAGAUGAUUGUUCGGGCAAGACAGUUGAAUUAUACUAUUGGCGAGGUUCCAAUAUCAUUUGUGGAUCGUGUUUACGGUGAAUCCAAGUUGGGAGGAAAUGAAAUAGUCUCUUUCUUGAAAGGAUUAUUGACCCUCUUUGCUACUACAUAAAAGAAAGUUACUCAUUAUA